CUCACAUGUUAGGUCGUUUUCUUAAAUACUUGUUUCAGUUGAACGUUAGUUACGAAGGAAUUAAUCCUUUAUAGUUACCGUCUCAUUAUGUUUCGCUAACAAGCUUGCUAAUGUGUUAGCGCCGCGAUUCACUGCGUCGACACCAACACAUGCCAGGGGAAACCACCACAGAGACAGUCCCAGCUAUGGAGCAAGAGGAGCUCCAACAGCCACAGGCAGAGACAGUGUUGGGAGUCGUUGGAAGUUGUAUGGGCAGACCACAGGCAACCAAUGAAAUGGCUGAUCAAAGCAUUGUGACUCCCAAAGCAGUUCAAUAUCCCACUGAAAUGGUUGAGGACAAGCUGAAUAAAAAAGCAAUUGCAAGCCCUGUCCAUAAAGAACCAAAAACCCAAGGCCUGUCAGCUGCUGUGUCAGAUAAAGACACAAUCACCGUUGCAGUAGAAAAGCUAUCUGUUGAAGUGUCAGGCUUUGCUGUUGAAGAACAAGCUGGUCAAGUACGUAACGUUCUCAAAGCCACUGCAGAAGAGCAAGAAACUGCUUCAGAAAAUUUGACUGCAACUAUGGCCACAGAAGUUGCCUCUAUUUUUGAAGCACCGAACGCUGCUGUUGACAACCAAGCUAUUCAAGAGAAGCCAGGUCCUGAGGUUUCCACAGGGGAGCAAGAAGCUGCUUCAGAAUAUCUAACGGCAAUGGCAGCCCCAGAAGAUGCCUCUGUUGAAGCACUAGAGGCUGCUGUUGAAGACCAAGCAAUUCGAGAGAAGCCAGGUCCUGAGGUUUCCACAGGGGAGCAAGAAGCUGCUUCAGAAUAUCUAACGGCAAUGGCAGCCCCAGAAGAUGCCUCUGUUGAAGCACUAGAGGCUGCUGUUGAAGACCAAGCUAUUCGAGAGAAGCCAGGUCCUGAGGUUUCCACAGGGGAGCAAGAAGCUGCUUCAGAAUAUCUAACGGCAAUGGCAGCCCCAGAAGAUGCCUCUGUUGAAGCACUAGAGGCUGCUGUUGAAGACCAAGCUAUUCGAGAGAAGCCAGGUCCUGAGAUUUCCACAGGGGAGCAAGAAACCGCUUCACAAAGCCUGACUGCAGCUGUGGCCCUAGAAGUUGCAUCUGUUGUUGAAGCACUUGAGGCUACUUUUGAAGACCAAGCUAUUCAAGAGAAGCCAGAUCCUGAGGUUUCCACUGAGGAGCAAGAAACCGCUUCAGAAUAUCUGACGGCAAUGGCAGCCCCAGAAGUUGCCUCGGUUGUUGAAGCACCUGAUGCUUCUCUUGAAGACCAAGCUACUCGAGAGAAGCCAGGUCCUGAGGUUUCCACAGGGGAGCAAGAAACCACUUCACAAAGCCUGACUGCAACUGCGACACCUGAAGUGGCUGAAACCUCUGAGGUUGUUCAGGUUGCAGCCCAGCAGAAUGAAAGAGCUACUCAGAGUGAGGAACCCAAGCGGAAGAUCCAGACUAACGCAGCAGUUAAUGGUCAUUCCAGGUCCUUUGCAAUACAUUCAGGGUCGGGAACAGAUUCUGACAGUGACGAGUCCGUACCUGACCUGGAGGAGCAGGACCCAACCCAGACUCAGCAGGCCCAGCUGGCUGCAGCAGCAGAGAUCGAUGAGGAACCAGUCAGCAAAGCCAAACAAAGCAGAAGUGAAAAGAAAGCAAGAAAGGCCAUGUCCAAGCUGGGUUUACGUCAGGUAACUGGUGUUACCAGGGUUACCAUCCGAAAGUCCAAGAACAUUCUGUUUGUCAUCCCCAAGCCAGAUGUCUACAAGAGCCCUGCCUCUGACACAUACAUCGUCUUUGGAGAGGCCAAGAUUGAAGACCUGUCCCAACAAGCACAGCUGGCAGCAGCGGAGAAGUUUAAGGUUCAAGGAGAAGACCGAACAUCUAGUAUCCAGGAAAACACACAGACACCCACAGUACAGGAGGAGAGUGAAGAGGAAGAGGUUGACGAGACUGGCGUGGAGGUCAAGGACAUUGAACUGGUCAUGUCACAAGCCAACGUGUCUCGGGCAAAGGCUAUACGAGCGCUCAAGAACAAUAACAAUGACAUUGUCAACGCCAUCAUGGAGCUGACCAUGUAGACACCAGAACUGUGAGGAUCAUGUCAAGUCCAGCAUUUAUCCCUUAAAAAUGUCAUCCAUUUCAUUCCUAGAAUUAAAAUAUAACUUUGUGAACUAA